CGAUUACCCGGCCCGACUUCCAUUUCCUUGCACGCUGAGCAAGUGUGCAUCAUCGCCAUCCUCCCCUCCCCUCCCUUCUCCCUUCUGUGUUCCUCUCCAGAUCCAACUCCCAUAUAUUCAAAAGUUGCAGAGCGAGAAUUCAGCGAGAUCUACCUCCAACUUCGAGAUUUUUGUCUCUAUCACUGAACAAAGAGGACUUCUUUUUUUUUUUUUUUUUUCUUUUUUUAGAUCCAAUAAAAUCCACUCUCUCUUUUUGAUUCCUGAUUUCUUACUGCGUAUUUCAUUUCAAGCUCACAGUACUGGCCAAGAAAGGAAGAGGUAACCAGUUGUUGAUGACUCUCGGAUCUUGAAAAUGGAUUCACAGCCUUCCCAGUCGGGAAGGUCGUCGACCGGCUCACCCGUAACCGUCCUUGGCUGCAGCAGCUCCUCAACCUUGGUAAAAUCAGUCUCUGAUGCUGGAAUUCAAAGCCUCUCUUCUAUUCUUAACAAUCCUAAUGGUGGCUCCUGGGUCGGUUGGUGGUCCUCCACCACCUCCGUCACCCUCCCCGAAUUCGCGCCGAUAACCUCAAGUAAAGCCUCCUCGGACCUGGCCCGAUCCGAUUUUCAGAGCUACGCUUCGUCCAUAUCGGAGUCUUAUAAUCGAUUCGAGGAUAUUAGAGAGCACGCGAGCAAAGAGAGCCUAGAUUUGGAGAAGAUCGGUGGGCAGGGGGAGGCGCUGGUGGCUUGUUUGCGCGAGGUUCCUGCUCUUUAUUUUAAGGAGGAUUUUGCCCUGGAGGAUGGGGCCACAUUCCGGGCUGCUUGCCCGUUUUCGAAUGUAAAUGAGAACUUAGUCCUGCAGGAGAAGUUGUCACAGUACUUGGACGUGGUGGAGCUGCAUUUGGUGAAAGAGAUCUCGUUGCGCUCCAAUUCGUUUUUUGAGGCGCAGGGGCAGUUGCAGGACUUGAACGUUAAGAUUGUGGAGGGUUGUAGCAGGAUCCGCCACUUGAAGGAGACCAUUCGGCUUCUCGAUCAGGACUUGGUUGACUCCGCCAGGCACGUUCAGGAGUUGAACGCCGCCAGAACUUAUUUGUUGGCGCUGCAACAGAAACUGAGGCUCAUAUUAUAUGUUAAUCAAGCAAUCUCUACGCUCAAAUUGCUUGUCGCAUCUGCAGAUUGUGCCGGAGCUUUGGAUGUCACUGAUGAUUUACAGCAUUUGCUGGUACGUGUUUGUAAUGAAAAAUUGCUUAUUUGUAAUUAUUCUUUUCUGAUGUCUAACUCAACUGGAUUUUUCAGCAAUUCUUUCUUGCCCUUCGUCAAGGUUCUUUAUUAUGGCUGUGUUAUAUUUUGGCUUAUUCUCACUGCAGAAUUUAUGCGUGCUUCAAUAUAUGUUGGAGAUACAGAUAUGAUCAUCUUGUCCACAGCAAAAGCAAGCUCCAUUUCAUCCCAUGGAAAGGAUGAUGACAGAGUGAAGUUGGAUGAGGAUGAAACUUCUAGUUUACGAGAUCGUCUUCUUCCUCUUAUAAUUGGAUUGCUCAGAACAAUGAGAGUACGGAUUAACAACAUGAGUGAAGUUGAUUUAUUUAUGCUUCAAAGAUUCAGAUUUACUCCUGGAGAUCGUACUGUGGAUACAAAUGGUGGCGGCUUGUCCCUUGCAAGUAAGUUAAGGAGCUUGUCAUCUGAUAGCUUUGUUCACCUUUUAGAUGCUAUCUUCAAGAUUGUACAGGCACAUUUAGUUCGAGCUGCUGAAGUGAAAAAGGCCAUUGAGUGGAUUAUGUGUAAUCUUGAUGGUCAUUACGCUGCAGACUCAGUUGCAGCUGCAAUUGCCCAUGGUGCAGCAGCUGCAGAAUCAGCUGAGGACACUUACAGUCAAGUUGGUUCACCUCUGCCAUAUUCAUCUCUUCGAAGUGUUGCGAAGGUCCCUUCAUUGCAGGGAAAGGCAAAUGAUGCAUCCAACCCCUCAAACAUGUCAAGAAAUUUCAGAGCUGAUGUAUUAAGGGAGAACACAGAAGCUGUGUUUGCGGCUUGUGAUGCUGCUCAUGGGAGAUGGGCAAAGCUCCUUGGUGUCCGUGCUCUCCUUCAUCCAAAGUUGAGAUUGCUGGAGUUCUUAAGCAUAUAUAACAUUACCCAAGAGUUUAUUACUGCUACUGAAAAGAUUGGUGGGCGGCUGGGGUAUAGCAUUAGAGGAACGGUGCAGUCACAGGCCAAAGCCUUUGUUGAUUUCCAGCAUGAAUCUCGAAUGACGAAAAUGAAGGCUGUGCUUGACCAAGAAACAUGGGCUGAAGUGGAUGUUCCUGAUGAAUUUCAGGCCAUAGUAACUAUGCUAUUAUGUUCUGGAACAUUGAUUUCUGGUGAUACCGGGGAUGGUCAAGGUAAGAUAACGGACCCAAAUUAUGACAUCUCAAGCAAUGAUAAGUCUUUUGUGGCAGACACUGGGCCUCAGAAUUCUGAAUUGCGAAUUAAGCAGAUUGAUUCAAGUGAAAUAUCUGUACAUAAUACUGCUAAAGUUAAUUCCACAUCUUCAGCUGAGGCAAUUGAAAGAAAUAAAGCUGAUGCUGAGCCCCAUCCAGCUCCAAGUAACAAUAGUAACACAAAGGAACGCGGAAAAUCUACCUCCCAAAAACUUUUCUAUGGAGGUGUUGGUUAUCACAUGGUAAACUGUGGCUUAAUGUUACUGAAGAUGUUGUCAGAAUACAUUGAUAUGAACAAUUUUUUGCCAGCAUUGUCUUCAGAAAUUGUUCAUCGUGUUGUGGAGAUUCUGAAAUUUUUCAACACGAGGACGUGUCAGCUGGUUCUAGGUGCUGGUGCAAUGCAGGUGUCAGGUUUGAAGUCUAUCACUUCGAAGCAUCUGGCCUUGGCUAGUCAAGUCAUCAGCUUUACAUAUGCUAUUAUUCCUGAAAUCCGGAGAAUUCUUUUUCUGAAAGUACCUGAGACACGAAAAGCAUUAUUGUCGUCAGAGAUUGAUCGAGUAGCUCAGGAUUACAAGAUUCACCGAGAUGAAAUCCACACGAAGCUGGUUCAGAUAAUGAGGGAAAGAUUGUUGGUUCAUCUGCGUGGUUUGCCUCAGAUUGUUGAGAGCUGGAAUGGGCCUGAAGAUGUUGAUCCACAACCUAGUCAGUUUGCUCGAUCUCUAACAAAGGAAGUCGGCUACCUUCAACGUGUUUUAUCUCGAAUGUUACAUGAGAUGGAUGUUCAAGCAAUUUUCAGGCAAGUUAUCAUAAUUUUCCACACACAAAUUUCAGAAGCAUUUUCACGCCUAGAGAUAAACACUCCACAAGCAAAGAAGAGGUUGAAGCAGGAUGUUAAACACAUUCUUGGAUGCAUUCGGUCACUUCCUUCUGAUAAUGUUACCAGUACAUCUGGCAUCCCUAAUUGGGGAGAACUGGAUGAAUUCUUGGUGCAAAAACUUGGAACAGUAGCUGAUUGAUGUACGUUAUUGUAAAGUAGUUAAUUGAUUGCUUCCUUGAUGGAAGGCUAACCACAGUUGGAGGGAACAUUUUAAGAUGUCAGAAACAAGUCUCAGAAAAUGCCCUUACAUUGUAGAAUAAUUGAGGUGUAUUUAUCAGUCUCCGGUGGAUAGAUUACAUACUGUUGACGCACAUUCUAAGUGUUGCAGCUAGAAGUGUGUUGGAGCUGGAGUUUUGUGCCCCUUGGACUUUGGCAUGUUAGUUUGUAAUUAGUAUCUUCCCUCGACAUCAUCUUGUUCCCUUGAUGUAAGUCUCGGGUUGAAGGUGGAACAUAUAUAUUUUCUAUUUCCAGUCGACAAACCGAUAGAAAGGAUUAGUUUACAGGACAGCAAUCUUCAUUCUCUAGGUAAUUGUGUUACUAUUUUUAGCCUAUUAUGGUACACAGUUUUCAUCCUUAUCAUUUCUUUAGCUGAUGUAAAUCUUUUUUGCUUGGGAGGGAAUCCUCUUUGACUGCCUGAAAACUUCACGGAUCAUGACAAAUAUUUUCCAUCUAACUGUCACGGUUCUUUGUAAUUUGUUAUUCUAUAUAAUGGUGAAACGGAUCUUUUCCUUUUUGCU